AACAACCGGGGAGCCCACAGCAGGGAGAGAUCCCUCAGCAACAGCGUCAACGCCUCUCCACUCCCUCUGGACCCUUCCUCAUGCACACGCACCACCACCAUCACGCCAAACGGCCAACACCCGCACCCACUUCCCUGACCUCACUACACAUCAUCUGCCGACGACCCAUUUUGCUAGCAAAGUCAAUGGUCGAGCCGCUGCGUCCAGGGGUCAUCCCGAUUCGCAAGAUCCCUCUCCAGCCGCAUCUCCAUGCGCCCCCAGCCACCACCACCACCACCACCACCACCACCACCACCUCUCUCCACAAACCCCUCGGAUCCUUGCCUACGGCCAGAACAGGCAGAAAAAUAGUCUGCCCGCAGUUAGUCCGUCCGAACAGCCGACGGAGAAAGGACGUUUGGCCGCGGCAGCCGGCGGCUCGCACGCCUAGGUAGCCGAGCAUCCGAGGCACGCACGAACGAUGAGAGUGGUUCGGCUCGCCUCACAGCUAGCACGGGCGUCGACGGCUCUAUUCCGCGCGGCUUUGGCUGCCUCCUCUCGUCGAUCGCUGCCCGCUUGUCCCCGCAGCGAG